AGGCUUUUCCAUACCCUACCCCCUCUACCUCUUGGUGGCAUCAGCUCCACGAAAAACUGAAAUUUUUCUCAGCGUCAUCGGCCCUAAAACAGACUAAAGCCAACGUAUUUCAUUCAUUCUACAUAUAUUAUUGCCUAAAUUCGAUCAUUUACCACAACAGUAGCUGUCGUUGUGAGUGAAAGCUAUUUUAGUGAAAUUAUUCAUCAAGCUGUAAUAUCUGAAAAGUCACGUGAUCAAGAUGGCCGUUAAGCCUUCUGAGUACAGCACUACUGCUAAGCGGUAGUGGACACCGUGGGAAGUUUUGGCGCCCUGUCAACCUUGUUUAUAAACAAGCAUACUACUGCCGGCCUACUCCAGUAUUCCAGGCUGGUCAUUAAUCUGUUGUUAAAAGUGUAUCCAACAGUCAAUAAUGUCGUCUAGAGGCGGUAGGAGACGCGGGAGACCACCUAAAUCAUCAUAUACAUCACCACAGUUCUUAAAUUCCCGAUCGAAUGUAAUCGAGAAGCCGAAAUGGUUCAUGUCUCGUGACGGAGCGGCCAAUGACAAUGGUCCAACAGGAUCGAGAGCUAGUUCACCUGGAGGAAGUGUGGGAAGUUUCACACAACAAUACAGUGCCAAGAAACAUAUAUCAGUAACUCCAUUCAAGAAACGAGGAAGAAAAGCUGGAACAAGGGGGAACAGAGGUGGCAAAGCCUAUGUGCCUAGGCCUUCAUUAGUUAUUACCAGAGGCAAUGACUACCACUAUGGCUCUGAUUUUGACUCUGGCAGUGAUUCUGAUGGUCAGCCCAGCCACGGGGAAGAUGCCGAAUUGGAUGUGGAGAGUGAUGUUGACAUACCAAUAAGUGAGCCGGAGAGUGAUGAAUUGGAUGAUGCUGCCUCAGAUGUAUCUUUAUCUAACCAUAGUUCCUCAAUGAGAAGGGUAGUUGAAUCCACUAUCAAGUCUAUCCCCACUCCACUCCCCAUUUGGCUACAGUCGGAUCAGGACUUACCAGUGCUCACUCUACCAAAAUCUUCUGAAGAUCUUCUUUUACCUACACACCAAGUGCUAUCUGCAUGCGCUAUAUAUGAAGUAUUACGCAAGUUCAGCAGCGAAGUGAGGCUCUCUCCUUUCCGACUCGAAGAUUUCAUGGCCGCCGUGCAGUCGGAGGAAUUGACACCCCUCUUGGCAGAAGUUCACGUUCAACUCUUAAAGUCCAUGCUUCGGGAGGAAGACGUGCAACAAACAUGGUUUGGACCAUUGGACCAGAAAGACAGCACAAACUCUGUGUUAAACUUUGCUGACACGCUCACAUGGCCCGAAGUCAUGCGAAUUUAUCUGCAAAGUGACCCGACCUUUGCACCUGCGCUUUCUCUCCUGGAAUCCUGCGAAUAUCCCUUUACUUCAUGUGACGUUCGUUUAAAACUUCUCAAGUUUCUUACUGACCAUUUUCUCUGCAAUACGGCUGUUCGUCAAGAAUUCCUCAGCGAGGGGAACAUCAAAUACAACGAUCACUGUCGAGUUUGCCACAAAGUUGGAGAUUUGCUCUGCUGUGAAACUUGUCCAGCUGUUUACCACUUGCACUGCUUAGACCCACCAUUGGAGAAUGUUCCAAACGAAGACUGGCAAUGUCCAAUAUGCACGGCCCAGCAAUGUAAAGGAGUCACCGAUUGUAUUAGCGAUGUCGAACGAUCUGGUUUUCUUUGUCGUCAGGAAUGUUUGGGGUACGACCGACACGGCCGCAAGUAUUGGUUUAUUGCCCGAAGGAUCUUCGUCGAAGAGACUGGAAGUCGCGAAGAAAUUGAUGGAGUGGAAGAGAGUGUUGCUGUAGAGAACCGCAAGACGUGGUAUUACUCAAGUCCGCAUCAAUUCGAACAGUUGCUUGCAGUGUUAGAUAAAGCAGAUUUCGAAAAAGCUCUUUGCCAAGAACUCUACAACCUACGGCCAGAAAUACUGCGACAAAUGAACAUUACAAUCCAGUUGACUAACGAGCAGAAAGGCGCCAACAAAUCUUAUCUGGAACUUGACGAAGAAGCUGCUAGAGAGGCCUCUCAGGCGGUCGUUAAAGUAGAGAAAGAAGAAGACGAUGAGGAAGCCGAUGAGAAACUUUCCGUUGAUGCCCUAAAAGCAGAAAAAGAAGAAGUGGAAACUGAGGAAGUUGUGGAAGAGUGUGGUGUUGAAGUGGACGACGAUUUCAUGCAACAAUUGCAUGUCGAGUCCGAACCGAAAGAACCCAAAAUAGAACCCUUGUCGGAAGAACCUACUACCGUCACUGUGGCAGCCAAUGGGACUUACUCCACUCGAUCCAAGACAGGGACCACUGUGGCGCGAACGUAUGUCGAUAUGAAGCGACGCAGUUUAACCGCAAAUGGUUCCGCCGUCAGUGUCAAGGAGGAGAACAGUGGUACAACCACCAAACAAAAAUCGCAAUCUCCACUGCCCACCGAUGUAAUUUUCAAGCUGGGCAUGGAGGGCCGGCACAAGAGCUACGUGAACCAGUACACGAGCAAUCCGCUUGCACUAAACAAGAACCAGGCGGCAGAGGAGAGAGACCGAAAACGUUACCUGUCGCACAAGUUCUCGCUUACUGGCAGCGGCGAGUUUAAAUGGUCUGGUAGCACGUUCGGUAAUAGAACCGUCAUGUUGCAGACUGUUCGUAGCACUUUGCUACAACUUCACUCUCAGUUACCUGCCAUUUUUAUGCAUCCCAAUUGGGCUGGUAGCAUGCGCAAGUCAUGGAUUCAGGCUGUCAAUCAAAGCGUUUCGCCAACGGACCUCGGCCGUGUCCUAUCGAUCCUAGUGGCUUGCAUCCGCCCAGUUGUUUUCUCUGUUGUUUGGCAUGAAUCUCUUGGCCACAUUCGUCUUCAACGGCAGACUGCACUCGAACGUGAAGAGCGAAAGAAGGUGGACAAGAAAGAAAAGAAGGAUAAAGAACUCGAAGAGGAAAUGCAUCGACUUCAUACCGUACACUACACGAAAGGCCUCAAGCAUCAGAUUUGGAAGCACAAAGGAGAAGAGUUCCGUCUCCAUGGUCAAUGGGGUUGGCGAUGGUUAUCCGCAACGCGCCUUCUUCGGCGUCUAGACGCUAGAAAAUGUGGAUUAAGAGCUGGACCUUGGCGAAUUGUCACUUAUUCUCAGGAAGAAGGUCAGGAAUCUCGUUAUGUCCAAGUAGAUCCAGCAACGGGUGACAAAAUAUAUCAGAUCCCAGCAUCAGACCCAGCCAUGGAGGUGGUUGACAUUUGCGCAGCCAUGAAUGAUCCUGACCGCCGUGUUUACCCUAAAAUAGGUAAAAAGGCCAAGCUAGACUCGUUACUCGACUGGCGUCUGAAGUUGAAAGUGGCCGAGGAGAAAAAUCUCCUUAAAAUCGAGAAGGCGCCAUCCCUAGUAAAGAAGGGAGAACCGAAAUUAACUAUCGCAGAGAUGGAAACGCAACUGGAACAGCUUCGGUUUCAUCGCCGCACUUUCCCGCGCUGUUAUUCUUUGGGCUGUGAUGGUAAUAGUUGCUACUCUCCCACAUGCCGGAGGAUUAAACUCCUAGAAGCUGGAAUAAGCAAAGAGAAGGAAGAAGAAGAGAAACAGAAAGCAGCACUCGUCAAAAGGCGAAUUUACUCGAGCGAAUCGACGAAAGAGCCGUUGUCGCUAAAACGUGCUGAGGACGAAAUGCGGUCAAAAAAGAAGAAAGCACCAGUGAAAUACCCCAUGAUGUCAAAAUACAUGACGAAGAGCAACAAGCGCACCAUCUUUGUUUUGCCAGAUCACGAAUUGAAACAUCUAGCACGACGUUACGGCCAAGCGUACGUUCAAGGAUUUCAUCAUGGCCCCAAGAAUAACUCGCCGGCCUGGAUCUAUCCAUCGGCCAGGCCACUGUUUAAGAAUGUUUGGUUCUUUCGCACAAACGGCCUACAGUCGCUCAGCGCGUUUGCGUUGCAAGUUCGAAUUCUGUGGGCAUGUCUUCGCUGGGAUGAUGUAUUGGCCAAAACGGGAAGCAUGGGCAUGGCCGAUGGCAAGAACCAAACCACCACCGAUACAGAGAUUGUCACGACCGACAUCCUUAAGCAUCGCCACAUCGGGCGAUUUUUGGAACGGACCCAGUACUUUCAACGUCGUGUGGUUAUUCCUCUUGAUGUGCCUAAAACUGUUAGAGAAGUAACCCCUUCACGCUCCGGUCUGCGUAAACGCAAGAUGGUCGAAGCACCGAAACUAUCCCAACCUAUCGUUACCGAGGAAUGGGUGGACGAGGAUCGCCUGGAACUUUGGGUUAUCAAGCAAUAUCACGAGCGGGUUGAAAGAGCUGCGGCGGUGGCAGCAGCAGCAGCAGCCAGUGCAACCACACCUUCCUCACUUACACGACUCAAAGGUACACCACAGACGAUGGGGCCUGGAGGAAAACCAUUGUCUAUGGAAGAACUCAAAGCUCAGGCCGAACAACAGUUGCGCGCCCAACGUACUGCUCAUCAAUUAAAGAGUGCAACCCCUGGAACGCCGGGAGUUGUCCGUCUUGCGUUGCCAAACAAAGUUGUUUUACCUGGAAGCAAGUUUACGUCUGUUGUGUCCACACCACCCGGGGCUGCUGGAACUACGCUGGGUAGGCGGAUUCUAAUUACUAAAGACGGAAAAACAACGCAGGUUGUCAAAACAACAGCGGCUUCACCGUCGGGAUCCGCACAGCCUGUGCUAAUCGCUCCUAGUCCAGGCGUCGCUGCUGCAACACCAACAGCUAGUAAAUUGCAAAUCACUCGCGGCCCGGAUGGCAAGAUUGAAAUUCGUGGGCUUAAACCAGGCCAGCAACUUUUGCGACUCGGUGAUGGUCGUUUUACCAUUGUUUCCCCUGCCCAGCCUAUGAUGGCAGCCCAACCGGCGCCCGCUCAGGCGCAGGCUCAAGCUCAACCUGCAGCGGCCAGCGACGGAGCAGUAACCAAAACAAUCGUCGUUCAAAAGGCCGGGAAUGUCGUGUCAGUUGCUGGACAAAAAACAGCGAAUCAAAUAGUUUUGCCUGCCGGUACCAAUGCGGCCACGCUGACCCAGCAGUUAGCAGCGGGGAAACUCCAGUUGAGCUCUGUGAACGGUCAACAGGUCCUGAUCCGAACUGCCACCCCUGCAGCUGGCACUGUCACCGCAAAAACAGGUGAUACUCCAGCAACUGUGGCUGGCCAACAACCCAAGCCCGUGAUGCAGAUGAUACAAACUGCGCAGGGCCAGCGGAUCGUGGUGCAAAAUUUGCAAGGUGGUUCGCUAACUCCGCAACAACUGGCUGCUAUACAAGAGCAGCUCAAAGGGCAAAUGUUGAACCGCGCCAACCAGCCAGGUGGUAAUAACAAACCCAUCACUAUUGCUGUACGGACCUCUGCGGCUGGCACAGCCGUUGCCUCUGCUGUUGCCACGGCAACCACUACAGCUACUACGACUACCGUAGUCUCAACUUCGAGUGAAUCGUCCACGGCAACUGUUGCUGUUUCGACGCCCACCGUAGCUACUCCUACCUCCACUCCUGCUGCCACUGUCACUUCGGACAAAUCAGAAGAACCGUAUACCGUCACGCCCGAUUACGUCGUGCAAGCCCUUCGUAAUUCAUUAAAAGGGGGAAACCUUCAUCCGGACUUGGAGCAGAAGGUGUUGACGCGUUUGCGUGAACAGGAGAAGGCGAAAAGAGAUGACGCUGACGUGGAGACUCCCACCUAUUUUGCCGCUUCUUCGUCUGCUAGAAAACGAACGACAUCGGGUGCUUCUUGGGCUGAGGAUCUCGAUACAUCAGCAGCGAUGACACCAACUGGUGGAAUGGAAACUAAGACGGCAAGGCCCCCGGCCCGUAAAAUUGCCCGGAUCAUCGAAGCUCCCACUACACCAACCUCCACCAAAGUUGCCAGUAUUGGGACGCCGGCAAGCGAUGCGGCUGCCGAUCUGCGUGAACAAAAGAACAAAGAACGUGCAAUGAAAGCUGCUCAACGCGCCAAGGAGCGACGCCAUCAAUCGGCAUUGGCUCGUCUGCAUGGUGGAUUAAGCAAACAUUCUGAGCUGUUAAAGAAGGAAAUGCUGCGCAAACGUGCCUUGCUGGAAAAGGAAUUGAGAGUCUCUAUCCAGAAGGAGAUCUCAGCGCUGCGAUUGCCUUCACCGGUCCGGCAGGUCCCCUUUGCAGUCCCUGAAAAUCAGACGUCUGCCGUUAAGAAGAAAGAGCAAACCUUGUCCGAGUCACCUGCCGUUCAAGCAAAACGUACACCCAGACGGAAUCAAAGGAAGCGCAAAACGUCAUCUCCAUUGAGCAGCCAAAGAGAAACGUUUGAGCCCGAACCUGGGACUUCACAAGACGAAGAAGAAGAGGAAGAAGAAGAUGUUCCAUCACCUCCACCAGUUACUACAACAAAGAGGAAAACCAAACGCAAUUCAUCUGAAAGUGGGGGCGGCAAGAAAGAACUUUUCUGCAUCUGUCGCAAACCGUACGACAAUUCAAAGUUUUACGUUGGUUGUGACAUGUGUUCCAAUUGGUUCCAUGGAGAUUGCGUCGGCAUCACUGAGGCCAUGUCGCAGACAAUGAGCGAAUUUGUGUGUGAUAACUGCAAAAAGGCACAACAGAAUACGACUCGCGAACUCUUCUGCCUUUGCCGUCAGCCGUAUGAUGAAUCGCAGUUCUACAUUUGCUGCGAUCGGUGUCAGGAAUGGCUGCAUGGUCGUUGUGUUGGCGUUCUACAAACGGAAUCAGAGUCGAUUGAUGAGUACAAAUGCCCGAAUUGCGACCCACAAGGAGCUUUAAACUAUGCCAAUACGAGGACGUUGGGUACACGCGAUUAUGAAGAACUACGUAAACUUUUACGACAGUUGCAGACCCACAAGAGCUCGUGGCCAUUCCGCGAACCUGUCAAGGAAAAGGAUGUUCCUGACUAUUAUCAGAUUAUCAAAGAUCCCAUGGACUUGCGAUUGAUUGAGACGAAGAUUCAAGAGAGGCGCUACCAGCGACUUUUGGAAUUCAUUGGCGAUGUCACCAAGAUCUUUGACAACUGUCGCUACUAUAACGCCAAAGAGUCUAAUAUUGCCCGUUGCGCGACUUCCCUCGAAGCUUUCUUUAUGCCCCGACUCAAAUUGUUGCGCUCCUCCAUGACAAACUAGAGUCGUGUCACCCAUAUCUCUUCCUAACAGCCGUGUGCGUUUGUCUGUUAUGUGUGAAACUAUCUCGGAAUGUUUUCGGUUUGCUUGUUCCGCUUUUCUUACCUGGCACCCAAUUUUUUUUUUGUCUCUUCAAAAUUUCAAGACUCUUGCAACGUACAUUUACCCCUCCUAGAAUUUACACUGACAUGAAAACAAAGUGUGGAAAGCGGUAUGCCCAUAUAAAAUUGCUGUUACAUCUGCCGCAAUACACAAAUCUUUUUGUAUUGA